CUAACUGUUCGUCCCUUAAAAGGGACGAACAGUUAGCACGGCUGUCAACUAGCGUUAGUGUUGUAUGCUUGUCGCGCUGUAAAGUAUGAACAACGGGGAUGUUACAGCAGCUCGGGGGAGAAGACCAGUGGUUCCCGACAAAGUCGACAUGUCCUUAGAUGACAUCAUCCGGCUUAACAAAAAAGAGCAAAAGUUAAAAAGGAGACAGGCCACUGUGACCCGCCGACCAGUCAAAAAGACGGGCCGUUUCAACCAAGGGAAGGGAGUAGCACCAAGAACAGCCGGACCCGUCCAGAGAGGAGGUGGCGCGCCCCGAGGAGGAGCAGCUAAAUUAAGAAACCGAAGAGUCCCUCCCCCACCUGGGCGACGACGGGGUCAAGGGGUUAUCACGGGACUGGCAGCCAGGCGGCCAGCUGCCCUGCUGAAGCGACUGGGUUCAAUUAACAGAGCAGCAAUCAACCAGAAGAUGAGACCGAAAACAAAGCCUUUCAAUCAACGUACUGAAGCCCCGUACAGGAAGCAAGAGGUACAGAGGCGGCCGUACAGGCAGCCGGAGCUUCCGAUAGGUCAGAAUGCUACAUCGGUCCGGAGACCAUUUCAGCUGCGACGACGACCACUGCCACCUGUCCAGCAGACUCGCAGGGAAGCACGUCAGGCCACAUUUCUUUUUCACAGAGGACUCGAGGUACAGGCCCAGGUGCAAAAGACAAAUCCUCACAGUCCUCCAGUCAGAACUCGGCAGUGGUGCACAUCGCCAACCAGCAGUGGAAUCUUGACUGUUUCAAUUGAGAACCCCACAGCCAGGACUCAGCCUGAGCCUCCCUCUGCUUGGACCCUGCAUCCCCCAGCGGCUGUCUCUGCUCCGGUUAAGAUGGAGAUAGUGGAGAAGAAAAUACCAAAAGGAGUGCCUCUGCAAUUUGACAUCAACAGUGUUGGGAAGCCGCAAACAACAAUCACCCUGAACGAGAGAUUCCGCAUCCUAACAGAUCAGCGCUCCACCACAGAACAAAGUGGCAAAGGCAGCCGAUUUGUUAGCGUUGGUUAGCCGGCAAAGAGCCGGUUUGUCCUUCUCGGAUUUAUGCGGUGAACCCCAACAUCCUGAUGGAUGGGAUGUGCUGACCCCCUGGCUGACUUUACUCCUGGAAAGGGAGCAUAACAGUGGGACACAAGUCCAACAUGCACAACUGUGAGAAGUGUGUCAAUGGAAGACUUUGUUUUUAAGUCCCCAUUAAUUUUAAAUUUUCCAUGUUCUUGUACUCCACUGUUUGUAUUGUGGAUGUCCUAUACUGGGAAAGAGGGAGCUUUUUAUUUUCCCCUUUGGACUUGGAUCUGUUGACGCAUCAUGAAGACUGUUUGGAAGUAUUUCUUUUCAGAGAGGACCGCUAUGCAUUUGUUCAGGUGGCACGUAUGUUCUAAAACCUCUUCAGAAAUUGUUUUGUAACGUUUCUUCAAUAAAUGAGUUUCUUUUAAAAGAUA